UUACAAAAAAAAAAAAUUAAUUACAGUUCUCAAUGAUGUCCAUCAAUGGUGAUGUUUACCAAGAAAAAAACAACCCAUUGACCAGCACCUACUGGAUUUUGCAAAUCUUUUGACUUUUUUGUUCUCACUGCUCAUUCAUGGAAACAGCAACCCUUAAUUAAUUCCCAUUACCCUCAUACAAAUACAGCCUGCCAUUUUUAUUUGUUACCCGUUGAACCUUUUCUCCGAGUAGUUUAAACUGGGGAAAAAAAUGGCAAAGAGCUUCAUCUUCCUGAUCAUGGCUUUUCUCUUGCUAUUUACUGCACAAUGCAGACAUCUGUCUACCAGUAUUAAGCAACAGGUUGAUAUCCCAAAGAUACUAUUUUCUUCACCGGAAUGGAGUUCCAUUGAUGAGGAGUGCAAAGGUUUGGAUGAGGAUGCAUGUCUGGUUAAGAGGUCCUUGGCUGCUCAUACGGAUUAUAUUUACACCCAACAAAACAUUGUACCUUGAUCCUUUUUGUGUGUUGUUUUUCUUUGAAUAAUGAACAAACUCCUUACUUGCUCCUUCCAAGUUAUUAUUAGGACCCCAAUUGAGUGGUCAACUUGUCGUUCAUAUUCUAAUUACAUGCCUUGUUUCA